AUGUCAGGUGAACAGCCGGACAAAUCCAGCGGCUCCUCGGAUGAAUCUGUGCCCUUCUUUACAGUCGAAAAGAUCAUUGGGAAGCGCCUCGUGAAGAGUCGCCUUGAGUACCUGGUGAAAUGGGAGGGAUUCUCCAAGAACGAGAACUCCUGGGAGCCCAUAGAGCACGUGUGGCACUGCUCCGACUUGAUUUGCAACUUCGAGGCGGAGCUGAUGAGGCAGGGAAAGGCCCAGGAGGCGGCUACACACAAUGAGCCGGUCGAAAAAAUCCUGGACAAACGCCUCGCGGGCGGUUGCGUUCAGUACCUGGUGAAAUGGCUGGGCUAUCCCAAGGAGGACAACAGCUGGGAAACCAUGCAGGCCCUGAACCACUGCUUGGACCUUCUAGGCGACUUCGAGGCGCAGCUCAUGGCUCGGAGCCAGGGACAGGAGGCGCAGCUCAUGGCUCCAAGUCAGGACCAGGAGGCGACUACCUCGGCGGGGAGCAGCCAGUGGCCCUCCGGCAGGCCAAAGCGAAUGAGAGCGCUAUCUCAGGAGCAGCUAGUUGAUCAAAAAGCCGUGAUCAAUUCUCCUGCUGUGCCAAAACGCAGGCGCAGGGGUCCAUGUCCUCGACAAGACUCGUGCAUUGUGUUCUUGGACGAGUCCAGCGACCUUGGGACACCAGAAGCAGCAGUGGCAUCUCAAUCGGCAGCAGCACCUGCGCCCCAGGAAACGAAUGAACCGAUCAGCAGUGAGGAGCCACCAUCGGAUGUCUUGGUAAUGGAGCCCAGCCACAGCACUCCGCCAGACCUGGAACCCAUCCACAGCGCUCCGCCAGCCCUGGAGCAGCCGCAGGUUGGUGCUGGGGCUCACUGCGCAUUGGACAUGCCGGGCCUGGACACCGAGCAGGAGGAGCUGCCAGGCUGCAGCAGUGCGUCCAAUCUGGCCCCGAAUAGCUGGAAAAUGCCGCAGUCCAAGGAAACCUUCGGGUUGAAGCGCGGUCUGGAGCUGGAUAAGGUUUAUCACAGCUUUGCGGUUCGCGAGCAUCUCUUCCUGUUUGUCACCUGGAAGGGCUGCCCAACGGUGGACGCUGUGCCUCUGGAAGACCUAGCGAAGAAAUACCCAAUUAAAGUAUUGGAAUACUUUGAUAGCCUGGAAAAGAUACCUUAG